AUUACUUGGUCUUGUUGCAAAGUAGAGUCUUGGAAUAUUUGAAUGAAUGCCUCUUGUCAUUUUGCAGGGCGUUUCACGGUGGCCCUCGGUUCGCUAUGAGCCUGCUAUACAGCGAGAGCAGCUGUGGAGCCCAGGACGGGGAGAGCGGCUGCUGUGCAGCCAUGGCCAGUGCCUGCAGCGCCGGCGCCAAGGAGGACAGCGUCAGCGUGGGCAGUGGGGCYGGGAACCCUCCGAGCUCUUUCACGGAGGAAACGCAAGGGUAUGAUGUGGAGUUUGAUCCGCCCUUGGAAAGCAAAUACGAGUGCCCCAUCUGUUUGAUGGCUCUUCGGGAAGCAGUGCAGACACCGUGUGGACACCGCUUUUGCAAAGGCUGCAUCAUCAAAUCGAUCAGGGAUGCUGGUCACAAAUGUCCAGUAGACAAUGAAAUUCUGCUUGAGAAUCAGCUUUUUCCUGACAACUUUGCUAAACGAGAAAUCCUUUCAUUAAUGGUGAAGUGUCCCAACAAGGGCUGCUGUAUGAAGAUGGAAUUGAGGCAUUUAGAGGAGCACCAGCUGCAGUGCGACUUCGCCACCAUGGAGUGCCCGCAGUGCCAAGGCUCCUUCCAGAAGAACCACAUCAAAGAGCACAUGACACAGGAGUGUCCGAGGCGUCAGGUCUGCUGUCCCAACUGCGCCACGUCCCUCGCUUACGAGGAUAAGGAGCUGCAUGACCAAACGUGUCCACUGGCCAAUGUUUUCUGUGAAUACUGCAACACAGUGCUCAUCAGGGAGCAGAUGCCCAACCACUAUGCCAACGACUGUCCCACGGCACCCGUGCCCUGCUUCUACAGUGCGUUUGGCUGCCCAGAGAAGAUGCAGAGGAACGAACAGGCACGACACAUGCAGGAGUUCACUCAGGUUCACAUGAGAAUGAUGGCUCAGAGCUUUCAAAAUAUGAGUGUUACGGCUGCGAAUCCUGUCCCCUUCAUCAAUGGCCUGCCCUUUGAGCCGACCCUCUUCUCCCACGUUCCGCACGCCCCGUACGAUUGCAAUCCAGACGUGGAAACCUUCAAGGAAACUAUUCAGCAGCUGGAAGGGCGCCUGGUGAGGCAGGAUCACCAAAUCAGAGAGCUGAUCGCUAAGAUGGAGACUCAGAACGGUCACGUGGCGGAGCUCAAACGCACCAUCCGAACUCUGGAGGGGAAGAUCACCGAAAUGGAGGCGCAGCAGUGCAACGGCAUCUAUAUCUGGAAGAUUGAGAACUUCAGUGGACUUCAGAAAGCCCAGGAAGAAGAGCGACCUGUUGUGAUGCACAGUCCUGGCUUCUAUACUGGGAAGCCUGGCUACAAGCUGUGCUUGCGCCUCCACAUCCAGUUACCRAGCGCUCAGCGCUGUGCUAACUUCAUAUCUCUGUUUGUGCACACGAUGCAAGGAGAGUAUGACAGCCACCUACCUUGGCCUUUCCAAGGCACGAUACGACUUUCUAUUUUGGAUCAGUCAGAAGGACCCGACAGGCAGAAUCAUGAAGAAGUGAUGGAAGCCAAGCCGGAGCUGCUGGCCUUCCAGAGACCUACGAUUCACCGCAAUCCAAAAGGUUUUGGUUACGUGACUUUCAUGCACCUGCAAACCCUGAAGCAGAGGACCUUUGUAAAGGAUGACACCCUCCUGGUGCGCUGCGAGGUCCUAACGCGGCUGGACUUGAACAGUCUCCGCAGAGAGGGGUUUCAAGCUCGCAGUGCUGAUGCGGCUGUCUAACCUUAGAGCCUUCCGCAAAGGCAGGGAGCCGCUCGGCACGUUCCGGCACCGAUUACAAGCGGCCUUCCUCGUUUCUGGAGACUCGGUGUGCCAAGAUCUUAAGACUCAGUGUGUGAAUUGCUGUCAUGUCUGCAGGCUGAUGUGGUUGAUGUUCACCUGAACAGAACCUGAUGUCUCCUGUACAAGUUCCUGUUUUAUUCUCCAGUCAAAUGCUUAAAGAUUACUUACCAUUUUCUGUAAUGUUCACACCUACGGUGGGUGGCAAGCUAACAAAGUGAAGUGCUGUCAGUACACAAAGGUUAACCCUACGUAAUACCUGGACAGCUCUGCUUGCUGAGACAGUCGCAUCAGAAAAGAUCUGUAAACCUUUGUGCCUCAGUGCCUUGCAGUAGAUGUUCCUAUCCUCUAGCAGGGAGAUAUUUAAAUUAAUAAUGCUGAGGAUUUGGGGGGGUUGUUUUACUGAUCUCAGGGAAAAUUUGCCAUGGGGUUGAGAUGGUUUCCAUACUGACUCGUCAGGAGUUCAGACUUGGCCGUGCAUCUCGUGAAAGCUGCGAUCAGGGGAAGGCUUUGCCGACGUGCUGUGACCCUGCCCUCCUGCCGAGGUAGCCUCAGGGAGCUGCAUGUUGCUGUAGAGCUGCCGCUGGCAUUUGUGGCAGAGCCGUGGUGACGGCGKGCGGGAGGCUGCCGUUCGAGCCGUCUUCACGUGCUGCAGGCCGGCUGUGCCAGGCAGCGGGGCUGGAGGGGCCGCAGAGCCUUGGAACAGGACGCUGCUCUACUGGUAGGACCUCCUCCCUGCGGCGGGACAUUAUUGAGGUUAUGAGUGGCUGCACCACCAAAGUAAUGCCAUGUACUCCCUGGAUAAGAUAAUCCUGKUUUUUUUGUGCCGUUGGUCAAUCCUAAAUCUUCACCAGGGUUUAAGUUGUGGCCUAAUAUUGCACUUGUUCAGGUGAUCCCACGGUGUCUGGGGCUGCACAGAGGUCUCCUGUUCCUUCUUAGUGGCCAGCUGCGAGCCAGGGCGUCUCUGUGCCACUCAAUAACAGGAGCUGGGCCACCUUCCAUGUUCCCGAGGGGAAGCAAAGGCUUCCAGUUAGUGUGAGGGAAGGAGGGCAACGCUCUUUGCUCUGCAGAAGAAAGCUCUGGUGUCCAUACUGGCCUGGUUACCAAGCACUAGGCUUGCUGUUUAAAGAAUUAAGAGCUUCCUAAGAUUGCCUAUGCUACUGUUUUCUAUAUUGCAUAUUUACAUGCUAUAUAAAUUUCCUUUGACCAGUCAAAGCUCAGUAGUUUGAGUUCCCUGGUGCUAACAUAAGUUUCCAAAUUAUUGUGGUGCUAGCUAAAAGUUCUGAAUUCUGCUUUUAAAAAGGGAGAGGGGGAGGSAAGAAUGGUUCACACCAGAACCUAAGCACACAGGCACAGGCAGGGGACCGCAGCCCUGUGUUCUACACAAAUGUUCUACAUCAUUUCUCCAAAGUAGUCAAUCAACUAGUGAAAGACUUAGGACUUGGCAGCGGAAAAGAUACUGGUACUUAGUCACACAUAAGCAAUCCGGAGAGCAUCGUCAGUCAGGAAGUGCAUACUGCGUAUGUACACAGACCACUGAAGAGCCCUAUGGUGUAUUGAUGUCGGGGGUUCUCUGCUCACCUGCCUGAGAUCAAAAAUUCUAGGAUGCAGAAUACUUUUUUCAUCAUAUCCUGCUGACUAAAGUUUGUUUUGCAGAUGGAGCCUAUUAACUGAAGGUAUUAUAUUCAGUGGAGUAUUGCAGCUGCUGAAAGCUGAGCUUCUUGGCUAAUGGUAAAUGCAGGCAGUCUCACUGGUGUGUUUAGCCAGCUUUAUUUAGACUAAUUCUGUGCCUUUGGAGGACAGGUGAAGGCCAUAUUACUCAAAAUACAGUAAUGCUUUAAAAGCACAUGUCUUUGAAAAUGUCUUAAGUAGUUUGCUACAUGGAAUAGCCUCAACCUAUCAGCUCAGUCGUUUGAGAGUGUCUCUGGUUAUGGCAUUCUUAGGAUUUAAAUCUUUUCUUAACCAAGGGCUUCUAAUGUAUAUGACUGUGCCCAGGUCUAGUAAACACAGAAGGCAGUUCUUGACACUGCACCUUAGUUCUCCAGUCUUUUGUUUCAGGAUGGUAGUUCUCUGGUUUUUGCUUUGUUUGUUUUCUCGGGCGAAAGGAAGGAAGAAGUUUUGUAGCUUGAGCUUCUACCUGACUCAGCUCUUUCUCAGCCUCAGAGAUACUCUCACAAACGCUCUUCGUUUGCCCCUAGGGGUUUAUAACCAAGCUCCACUAAGUGCCAAUACUUUCCUCUUGAAAAAUUUUGCUCAUGAACCUUCAAGUACAAGAAGCUGCAUUUGUGAUUGGGGCGCUCUGUUGUUCUGCUGGACCCUCGCUUGGAGGAGGCUCAGUUUGGUGGCUGCUUCGGGGGGGGUUAGGUGAUUCAGCUUCGUAUUGUACAGCUGCGCACAACCCAAUAGCACAUAGAAAGCUACUGCGUGUGUAAUAACUGUAUUGACCACAGUAACAUGAAUGCUUUAGUCACUGCUGCUAUUUUACUGGGUUUGUAUCUUAAUAUUACCAGGAAAAACUCUGAAUGAUGCCAAAUUACUCUAAUGUGAGUUUUAUACAAAAAUGAUUUGUGAAUUAUCAGUUAAAAUGGUUCUGUUUGGAUAAAUUGCAAGUGUUUAUUCAUUCUGUUGUUAGACUUUUCGCUCUCUCCCCCCACCUUUCAGACUACUCUGUUUUAACUGCGGUUCCAGGGCACUCUUAAAAUAUCAUUUCCAGCUAACGAAAGAACUUGCGAGUCUCGCUGUUGGCCAUCUCACAUGUAGUCCUCCUGGCUUCCAACUUCAGGCCUGGAACUGAAAGGAUCUGUUCCUAUGUGAACAAAUACUUUCACCAAAAUAGCUCCCCCCCGCCUUCUUCAAACCUCAUUGCUUUUUAGAGAAAUCAGAAAUCAUCUGGUGAAUUGUGAUAUAAUAACAAGAAAUACUUGAAUAGAAGCAGAAGGGUAUGCAGCCUUGAGAACUGUCUCUAAAGCAAAUGCAGAGUGGAUUUGGGGGGGCCUGAAUAAGUUUCCCUCAGUAUGAGGAUUGAACCAGUGUCUUGUUUGGCUCUGGACAAUGGCGUGCUUUGGCUCUGUAACUGUUGAUGCUUUGCCGCGCUCCUGCAUCUCAAGGGGUU